GACUCCAUGACCACCUCAGCAAUUUUAUAAUAUGAGAGUCGUCUCCAACCAAAGUUUUUAACCUUUUUCUGGAGUGCCCUUGGAAUUUGGAACUCCUCCCGAUCGUUUUCUAUUGAGAUUUUCGAUGAUGGAGCCACGAUUCAACGACAUAUUUGUGUAAAUAGGAUGGAGGGCAAAUCGAAAAACAAAGAGAAACGAAAAGGCCAAGGCGGUACUGUUGAGACUUUCCAGCCAUUGAUCCUUUUUUUUAACUCAAGGGUGGUUUCAAUUCUGGGUUUAUUUUUUUCUCAGCUUUUCUCUCUCUUCACUCUCUCUCACCCACUCAUUUUCAUCUGCAUUCUUCUUCUCUCUUUUGUCUUUUUUUAUUAUUUUGAACACACAAUCUUACAAUUCUUGUUAGAAUUAUUCGUACUCCUCAAUUCUUCAUAUUUUUUGGUUCUUCUUCCGUCAUUGCUUUUUCUUAUUUAUUUUUUUUUUGCGCCGCAGUUAUUCCUCUCGUUGAAUUCCCCUGCAACCCCACACAUGAAUCAGUUAGCUUCACUCACAGGCCCGGGUGAUGCUGAACGCAAAGAACAAGCAUUACCUCCCAUUCCCGUCGUCUUGCGUCAUCCUCAUUUGAUCGGUAGUGUCAAACAAUUUCGUGCAGAAGCGCAGCAACAGCAACUACGACAACACAUUGUCUCGGAAUCCUUCGUUCCUGUAGCACCUGGACUCAUUAAACCUCCUCGAAGACGACGGCGACCACCAUUUUCAUAUUCGUCCUUGAUUGCACAAGCCAUUUUGGAAUCCGAGAACAAACGAAUGACACUCAGAGAGAUAUAUGCGUGGAUCACCCAAAAAUAUCCUGCUUUAUACAAUGCUGACGAUACAGGCUGGCAGAAUACUAUCCGGCAUAACCUCUCUUUGAAUCGUUGUUUUAUAAAGUUGCCAAAGUCGGAUACCAAUGGUCCCACCCACAAAGGCAAAGGAGGUUAUUGGGCUAUCGAUCCUCAGUAUGUCAGCAAAUUUAAGAAUGGAGCUGCUGCCAAACGAGGGCAUUCCCUAAGCCGCCAAAAAGACCAGCCAAACUCCAAUUUUGUUCCUGAUACCAGCGCCAAUAUCCCUUUCCAUCAAAAUCAUGCCAUAUUGAAUCCGACUUGCACUUCCCCUGCUGCCAUAUCAUCCACUUCAUCUUCGUCGUCGUCUUCUUCAUCAUCACCUACCGCUUUUCGGGAAAACUUCUCUUUACCUCCUUCGGCCACUUCCACGCAUGAUACCUAUUCUCCCUUCCGCUUUUCUCAUCCAACAAAACAAUCUUCGUCUCCUCUUUCUAGGGAAUCGCCAGCUUCAACGCCAUCGAGGGUACCAUCUAGUAGGCCUUGGAAUUUCUAUGACGCAAGUACCUUCUCCGACGUCUCUUCUUCUUCCUCCCCAUAUUUCACCGCCGCCGGCGAUACGUCGACUUCAGCCACAUCGUCUUCAUCCUCCGCUGCAUCAUCUUUCAUGUUCUCCAAGCCAUCCACUCAUCAUCCUAUUCCAUCCUCCACGGAUGACACUACCAAAACUAGAGCUACUUCACCUAUAAUGCACAUCCAUAAUCUAUUAAAUUGAACCAUGUCUCUUUUGUUUUGUUUCACUUCUGUUGGAACGGUUGCCUAUUUUAUUGUGUCGGGUUUCCAAAUAUUGCAUGUCCUCGAAAAAAAACGAUCAUGUGCCUCUGAUUUUUUC